AACACUCAGCAAAUCAUUCAAAAAACAAAGACACAAAAAAUGAGUGAGCUUCUUUACUCUCUCCCCACUUGGGAUCUCCAUAACCUUGGAUCACUCUUCAAGCCUGACUUCAAUCUUGAUGCAUGUGGAUUCAUGAAUGGACCGCCGGAACAGAUUUACCGGUCACCGGAGAUGGAUUUUUCAGACGUCUCCACAGGUUACCUCGAAGACGCUCUAAUCGAGUCCUGUGAGAGAAGCAAAAGGAGACGUCUUUUGUUCGACGAUCCGUCAAAAUCUCUUAACGAUAGCUGCUCGCAGAACGAUUGGGGCCUGCAUGAGAGUUAUAGCUGUUUGAAUAGUCAGUUUAUCACUCCACAUGUUUACACAGAUGAACGUAAGAGUGUGAUAAGUAGCAAUGAUGAGCCGAUAUCGACCGUUUACGAGUCUCCUGACACUUCUGUUUCUUCUGACAAAAUCUAUGUCCGAGAAAAAUCUCCAAACGAACCAUCUUCGUCUAAUUGUGGUAAUAAGAACAAAAGACUAAUCACGAGAGUGGUCUACCCAUUUGGAUUGGUGAAACCAGGUGCUCGAGAAGAAGAUGUAACCCUAAAUGACAUAAAUAAGAAGAUUCUAAUGCCUUCGGCUCGGCCUGUUCGACAUCCGGUAGGAGACUUUGCCUCUCGACCGUGCAUCUCGACCCAUGGACCAGGCCUCUCCGGCAAAGCCGUGGUGGCUCUGACUAGGAUCCAAACACAAGGGAGGGGUACAAUUACUAUAAUCAGAACAAAGGGGUGAGUUAUGUAGUGCUGGUAAUUAGUUGGGGGUUGUUUUACAUGUGUAAUAUAAUUGAGGUUUAUUAGAAAGCCAAAGUAAUCAUUGGCGAUGAGAGAAACUUUCAACUUUUGUAUAUAAAGUUAGGGGAGGUAAAUUUUGAAAAAAUGUUGUACAA